ACAUUAUUAAUUUUUGUUACAACUGUAUUACACGAUUCAGAUUAAUUUUUAUUAUCCACUUAUCGUUAGCAUCACAUUUUGACAUUUGUUCGCGUUUCAAUUUCAGUGCCAGCUGAACAAUAGUGGUUGUAUGUUCCAGUACCUAUGUUUAAUAUUGAAAUAUGAUUGAAAUGCAUACCGCAGCUGAUGGUGAAAUGAAGCCAUUUACUCUUAAUCGUAUUGUUUUUAUGUGCCCCUUAAUUACUAAAUUAAUGAAAUAUACAAUAAGUUAAAAACUGUUUAUCAUUUUGGCAUAAGAGCUUUUUUAAGUACCGUAGCUAUUUAGGCACGGUAAUUUUCUUCAAGAUGUACGAAUCUCCGAAUUCUUUGCAAGAUUUAUGCCUGGAUACCGUUUGUGAUAAUUUAUUGGAAAUUUUCGACGUUUUCUACGAGAAUGUGGAAGAAGAAAAAGUAGAAAAUGCUACUGUUAAACAGUAUGGUGUCAAUAAAAAAUUUAAAUUUAAAGAUAAUGAAUUGUUUCUGAUAAAAGAAUUAUCAGAGAUGCUGUUUAAUAAAUUGGGAGAAAAGAACCUAAUAUGUGAUUCAACUUUAAAUCUGUUCUCUGCGAAAAACACUAAACUUCAAAGAGUCAAGAUAAAAAGUCCUAGGAAAAUUACAAUUGAAGGCUUAAAGAUUCUAAAAGAACAUAAGUUAUUGGAACUAGAAUGUACAGACCUUAAGAAAUUUAGCAUAAAUUCUAUAUUAGAAUGCCUUAGUGAUUGGUCAUUCCAAAACUUAGUAUGCUUAAAUCUGUCAAGAUGUACAUUUAUAAAUUCCCAGAGACACAGCUUUGUUCCCCCUUUGACAGAAUUAAGAAACCUUAAAAGUUUAAGCGUGGCUUAUACUGAAUUCAAUCAGUAUGCUCUAAAAAUAUUAUGUGAAGAUUUGAAACAACUUGAAAAAUUGGACAUUUCUGGAACUGUGGUCACCGAUCUUACACCUCUUCUGCUACUCUCUGACAAACUGACAAGUCUUAUGAUAUGUGACUUGCGCUUAUUAAAGAAAAUGACCGAAGUAGUGACGAAAUUGCACAAUUUACGUCAUUUGGACGUGAGCGUAGUUUAUGAUCAGUUAGAUGGGACAGACCACACAGUCACUGAAAUCCUGGAAAACUAUACGUCUUUACCCAACCUCAUAUCCCUAGAUUUGUCUGGAUGGCGCGAACUGAUAUCGAAAGACGCCUUGGAGAAUUACAUAAAAACUCACCCUCACCUUAAAUACCUUGGCAUUGUUUUAAACUUGGUGGCCUUCGAAUCACCGUUCUCCGACCCUAACGAUCCCCGUUUUAACCACGACCUCAUGAUAGCCGGUCUUGGAAGCGAAAACCAAAUCAAAAUGACCUUAAAAAGGCACUUUGAAAGAGAACUAUACGUCCAAAAGGCUCUUUAUCACCUGUUUCAAUUAACGAGCGCUUUCCAUGAGGCUCGAGCAGAUAUCUUUGAGUUGGUACUUCCUUCCAUGGCUGCGCACCCUAACAAAUUUGGAGUUCAAAUGGCUGCAACCGCCUGUUUAUAUAAUUUGACUCGAGGCGAAAAUUCAAAACACAUACACCCUAAAUUACUGAGCAGGGGAGUCAAUCUAACAUUAAGUGCCAUGGAACAUUUCCCAGGAGAUUACCAAUUGCAAAAGAACUCUUUGUUAACCCUCUGCAGCGACAGGAUCCUGCAAGAAGUGGCAUUCGACAAGUUCAGAUGCGCCAAAUUGGUUCUAGAUUCUUUGUGCGCUUUCGAUGAGGUCAAUAUGAACCGGAUGGCCGUAGCCAUUUGUAGUAUCCUAGCGGCUAAGAUUUCUACCAAAGAAACGUCGGAAUUGGGUGCAAGACCUAUCUACAUGAAGAAACUACUAGCUAUGGUUCAAAAUAGAGUAGAAACAAACCUGGCUGAUAUUACUCUCAAGUUUACUCUCAGUGCCCUUUGGAAUUUAACCGACGAGAGUGCUGCCACCUGUACAGUUUUUUUAGAACAGGGUGGUGCCAGUUUGUUCAUGAACGUUCUGAAAACGUUCCAGAAAGACAGUGCCAUAGAGACCAAAGUUCUCGGUUUGCUGAAUAACAUCGCCGAAGUGAAAAAACUCCGUCACAGUCUAAUGUUAAAUUCUCUUAUUGAAGAGUUAAAUUUGUUGCUCAAAUCGGAACACAUGGAUGUUAGUUACUUCGCGGCGGGGAUUAUAGCCCAUCUGGCAUCGGAUGGCCCGGCCAUGUGGACAGUGACCAACUACAGCCGGGAGCAGAUGCUUUCUGAACUUGAGAAAGUUGUAUCAAACUGGAAAGUUCCCGAAAAUGAGAUGGUUGCUUAUAGGAGUUUCCGCCCCUUUUUCCCUCUUUUAAUCAAAGAUAUGGACUACAGGGUGCAGCUUUGGGCCGUCUGGGCUAUACGUCACGUUUGCACCAAAAACCGUUACAUUAAACUAGCUCCAUUUUGUCGUUUUUCUGCUUUCUGCUCCAUUGAAGAUUUAUAAACCAGUCAUUAAUAAGGAUAUAAAGUAUCAAAUCGAUACCUUUUCAUGCUUAAAGAAGAAAAAGGAGCGAUUUUGUUGCGAGAACUCCUAGAAUGUGACGUUACCCACCCCACUAUAAAG